AUGACGGAUACAGUACCUGAAGAGGAGAAACUCACAGUUCCAGACGGAUGGAAGCCAGAAGAAUUCAAACCAGAGGACAAUCCUCAUGGAUGUCUGGAGGAAUCGAAAUUCAGCACCCUUUUUCCAAAAUACAGAGAGAAAUACCUGAAAGAAGUGUGGCCUCUCGUCGAAAAAUUCCUAGCGCCACACUUUAUCAAAGCCGAGCUAGAUUUGAUUGAAGGCUCUCUUACGGUGAAGACAACGAGGAAAACUUGGGAUCCGUAUUCAAUCAUCAACGCACGAGAUCUCAUCAAGCUCCUUUCUCGAAGUGUUCCGUAUGAGCAUGCAGUAAAAUGUUUUGACGACGAAAAUGCGGUCGAAAUCGUGAAAAUCAAAGGACUGGUGCGCAAUAUGGAACGAUUUGCGAAGCGUCGACAAAGACUGAUUGGUCCAGAAGGACAAACCCUUAAAUGCGUAGAAUACCUGACCGGUUGCUACAUCAACGUUCAGGGAGGAACUGUGGCCAUUAUCGGCCCGCACAGAGGACUCAAAGAAUGCCGAAAGAUCAUCGUCGACACGAUGAACAACAAACAUCCCGCUCACAACAUCAGAGAACUGAUGAUCAAACGAGAGUGCGCAAAGAAUCCAAAUCUGCGGAAUGAAAACUGGAGCAGAUUUCUGCCAAAGUACAAGUCAAAGGUUGUAAAGAAAGAGAAAAAGGACAUCAAGGAGAAGAAAGAAUACACGCCAUUCCCACCCGCUCCUGUCCAAAGCAAAAUUGACAAAGAACUCGAAAGCGGAGAAUACUUUAUCAAAGCGAAGGAGCAAAAGAAGCGAAAGAAACAGUUGAAAGCCGAAAAGCAAGAGGCAGCAAAAGAAGAGAGAAGUAAAAAGAGAGCUGCAUCAUUCCAAGCACCGAAAGAAAAAGAAGUCAAAAAGGACAACUCGAGCGGAGAAGCCCCAAAGAAAAAGAAGAAAAUGGCAAAACUUUCAGUCGACAUUGAAAAGCUCAAGGCGAAGAGUUAG